AUGACCCAUAGUAGUGAGAGUGAGCAAGGGGAGUUUGAGAUUGGAGUGAACCUUGUUCAAGAGGGGGAAAUGGCUCUCCAAAGAGGAAGUGAUGAGACUGAGAGUGAAGAGGAAGGAGAAGAGAAGAAGGAUGAGCUCCCCAUGUACCAAGAGCACUACAAUGCUCUCUUCUCCAUGGACUUUGUGGAGACCAAGUACCCACAUGAUGACACCAUGAGAGGCCUUGGGAUCUUUGAGGAUGUGGAGUUGGUGCUCAAGAACAUGCAAUUGGAAGUUCUUCUCUCACCGCAUGGAGUCUUACAAGGAGCUGACUUGAACCUAUGGAACAUCAAGGAAGAUGAACUCCAAAGAGUAUGGGCUACAAUCGCUGAAGAGGGGUACUCUUCCUCAAGGUCCAAGGCUGCCAGAUCAGAAGUCCUGUGCUUGAGAUAUGUCCACAAGGCUCUUGCCAACACCUUCUUUGCAAGGAAAGCCACUGGACAAUCAAUGAGGGAGAAGUGA